AUGUCCAACCCACCAAGCUGUUCUCCCAUCACGGGUGAGCCGGUCCCUGACUACUACAUCCAUGCUUCCGACGCCUUCUUCCGCGACACACAAGGUCGCGCUCUUCUCCUCCGCGGCGUCAACCUCUCUGGUCAGAACAAAUCUCCCAUCGGUCAACCCUCGCACAAGCUCGACGGCUUCUGGCAAUCGGCCGAAUCUGGCGGAGAAAGUUUCGUUGGCCAGCCUCUUAAUCUUCAAGAUGGCUCCGCAGAUGUCCAUCUGGCUCGUCUCCGCUCUUGGGGCUUCAACUGCUUGCGAUACGUCUUCACUUGGGAAGCCAUUGAGCACAAAGGCCCACGCCAAUACGACACUGAAUUCCUCGACUACACCGUGCAGGUGCUUCGCAAGGUCAAGCAGUAUGGCUUCCGAGUCUUUAUGGAUCCGCACCAGGAUCUCUUCUCCCGUUUCACUGGUGGCUCUGGCGCACCCUACUGGUCCCUCAUCGCCUGCGGUAUGAAUCCUCGUAAUUUCUCUACAACACAGGCCGCUUUCAUUCAAGCAGAAUGGCCCAAUGCCGACAAUCCAGAUCCUGCCGACUUUCCCGAUAUGCUCUGGGCAACAAAUUACACUCGUUUGGCUGCUGCUACCCUCUCCGUUCUGUUCUUUGCAGGCAAACACUUUGCUCCACGAUGCAUCAUCGAUGGUCGCAAUAUCCAAGAUUGGCUUCAGUCUCACUUCCUCGACGCCUGCCAACAGCUUCUUCAAAAAGUUGUAGAUGCAGGAGAUCUCGUCGAAGAAUGUGUCAUUGGCUGGGACAGCAUCAAUGAGCCCAAUCAGACCUACAUCAGCCUCGAAAGCAUCUCCACCAUUCCCGAAUCAUGGCGACUCAAAAAGGGCCCCGUCCCCACUCCCAUACAGAGCUUUCGUCUAGGAGCUGGUCAAGCUCAGACGCUCGAAAAUUGGGUCUUUGGUGCUAUCGGUCCCAAAAGAAGUGGCUCGGUCCAAGUCGAUCCCAAGGGCACACUUGCCUGGCUUACAGAAGACGAAGAUCAUCUCCAUGGUGGUUCCAAAUGGGGUUGGAAACGUGACGAUGCCUGGCCCCUUGGUCAAUGUCUCUGGGCCGCUCACGGCGUCUGGGAUGAAUCCACGGGUGAGGUUCUCAACGAUGCCUACUUCCGCCUUUUCGAGGGUCCUGCCGGAAAGAGACCUGCCGAAUUCGCCGAGGACUAUUGGCUUCCACAUUACCGCAAAUAUGCAGAUCUCAUACGAUCACUCCAUAAAGAAGCCAUCAUGUUUAUCCAGCCACCCGUCUUUGAGCCGCCGCCCAAGUCUCUGUCCCAGGAUGACCUCAAACAGCGCGCAUGUCUCUCGGGUCACUUUUACGACGGUCUCACCCUCAUCACAAAGCACUGGAAUUGGUUCAACGCAGAUGCUGUAGGCCUGCUACGCGGCAAAUACCCUGGCGUCCUCUUCGCCAUCCGUAUGGGUAACAAGGCGAUUCGUCAAUGCAUUCGAGACCAGCUCGGCUAUCUUCGCCAGGAUUGCCUUGACGGCCUUGGUCAGUAUCCAACUUUGAUCGGUGAGCUCGGUAUCCCCUAUGAUCUCGACAAGAAAAAGUCUUAUUACGGCGACGGCAAGGGACGAGGGAUAGGAGACUACACCGCACAAACCUUGGCCCUCGAUGCCUCGCUCAACGGUUGCGACGGCAACAACCUCCUCAGCUACACCAUUUGGACCUAUUGUCCCGACAACUCGCAUCAGUGGGGUGACGACUGGAAUGGCGAGGAUCUUAGCAUUUGGAGCCAAGACGAUGUCAAAGGCGCCGAAGCUCAAGACGUAUCCGAUCUUGCUUCACGUAGCCCACGGAGCAUCUCGUCUUCAUCCAGUGCGCGCUUGAAAUCUCUUAGCAGUCUUGCCCCUCCCUCCUCUGGCUUGAAUUCUCGGUCUAGCAUCAACCUGCCGGAGCUCGUUCCAGGCGACGGUAACUAUAACGCACCUAAUCUGCUCAAUGGCUCACGUGCUGCUGCUGCUUUUUGCAGGCCCUUCCCUGUUGCCACAGUCGGUACUCCCGCCAACAUCGACUUUGACAUCAAGUCGUCCGAGUUCAAAUAUUCGGUGGACAUUACCAGUGCUGAAUUGGACAAAGCCGGUUUGGCGACCGAGAUCUUCCUGCCUUUCCUACACUAUGGCGCUGACGAUGUUGCUGCAGCGGCCAGUGGCGAUCUAGGAAACAGACGCGACAAGAAUGGCAAUGCUUCACAGAAGUGGGCCCGCAAGCAGGAGAGAAAACUUCGCUUGGCCGACUCGCUCGCAUCUUCAAGUUCAAGCCUUAAGACCGUCGAAGCAUCGAGCACCGAUGACGUCUCGUCCGUAUCGACAUCGACAGUGCUGGCUGAUUCCACAGAUCUUUCCAGAUCGACCUCCUCCGGGGAUUCAGCUGUCCAGUGCGCGGCGCUGCAGCAGCUUCUGUCCAUCGACGUCGAAGUAUCAGCCGGUCGAUGGGAGGUGGAAGGCCAGUAUUUGAAGUGGUAUAUGGACAAGGCGGAGGCCAUCGCCGAAGAUGCCGAUAACCCUGUCGAUGGCGUUUUCCGACACUCUAUCAAGAUCAAAAGGAACGGCGGUCCCGUCAAACUGGAAAUGUCGGGCAGCGCAUGGGACAUUCUGACUUCUUGUGGGCUUCUUUGA